AUGGGGGGGGCCCCAGGGGGCCCCCUUGGGGGGCCCCCCCGGGUGCACCCCCGGGGGCCCCCUAGGGGGCCCCCAGGGGUCUACUGGCGGGGCCCUCGGGGGCCCCUGAGGGUUUACGCGGCCAGUUUGCUGCUUGUUGCUGCUGUUUGCUGCUGCGCUGCUGCUGCUGAGAAAGAAAAAGGUGUAAACCCUAAUUUAGAGAAAAGCGGAGACAAACCACAAGAAGGAGCUGCGGCAGAUAUUGUUACGGUCUCGGUGUAUAUUCCUGAAUUUAUUCCUGGCAGCGUAGAGGGGCCCCCCUUGGGGGCCCCCAGUACCCUUUUUAGUCCCUCUAAAUGGGGGCCCCCCUCUCGUCUGCUGCAGCUGCAGGUUUCAGCAGCAACUCCAUCUAAGGAGCUGCUGCUGCUGCUGCUGCUGCAGCACACGACCUCUUCUGACCCGCUGCUGCAGCAGCUGCGUCAGCUGCAGCAGCGGCAGCCACAGCUGCUGCACCUGCUGCAGCUGACGCAGCAGCAGCAGCAGCAGCAGCAGCCGCAGCAGCAGCAGCAGCAGCAGCAGCUGAUGGAGGAGGAGCAAAUUGCCCUUUUAGAAACCCUAGAAGAAGAUGCAGCAUUUAGGGCGCUGCAGCGGCAGCUGCGGAAGCAGCUGCUGCUGAGCAGCAGCAGCAGCAGCAGCAGCAGCAGCGGGGACCCGCAAGUGGCGCGGCGGCGGGCAGUGUCUGCUGCUGCUGCUGCGCUGCGUGCUGCUGCAGUGCCCCAGCUGCACGCUGCUGCUCUUUUGUCCCGCUUCUCAUUUGCUGCUGCUGCUGCAGCAGCAGCAGCAGCAGACAAGGAAGCUGCUGCUUCGAAGGAAGGCCGUGUGGGGAGAGAUUCAAGUGUACAUACAGUCCCGUCGCUGAGGCGGUUCACGCGGCGCAGCAGCAGCAGCAGCAGCAGCAGCGCAGCAGCAGCAGCAGCAGCAGCAGCAGCAACGGCGAAGAACAAAGCGCGGCGGCUGGCGCGGAUCAGCUGGGGAGGCGAAGCUGCGCGGCAGCAAAAGAAAGAAACAAAUAAAGAAGAAGAAGAAAUAAAAGAAAAUGAUUUCGAAAAAGACUUUUCCAAAACCCUAAUUCAAAAGUGCUUCCUAAACCCUAGCCACGAGAGCUGCAGCGCCAGGGAGCUCGCUCCAAACCCUCUCCAGCUGGUCCUCGCCCACAGAGAGCCCUCAAACAGGGACAUGCUGGGAGACGCGCUGCGCGAGUGGCAAGACCGCGUUGCUGCGGAGCUUCUUCUUUCUUUUCAAUUCGAUGAAAGAGACACAUUUGAUCUUUCGGGAAAUUCCGUUAAC